UUUAAUUAAUUGUUUCGAUAUUUAAUUGUAGCCAAAAUUAUAGGUUUUGAAUUGAUUGUAAAGAUCACUGAAGACAACAACAACAACAUUGAUGUCAAUGGGGAAGAAUGACUCGUUUGAUCGUUUCGGCGAUGAUUUGUGUCAACUAUUGCUUCAAUAUCUGCCAAUCGAUGACAAACUGAGACUACAAUCGGUGUCCAAACAGUGGUUGGCAUUGAUAUUCAAUACACAAACUGAUCUCAUAUUUAAUAAUAAACUAUUGAAAACAGUGUCUUUGAAUACAAGUCGUGACAAUAAUUGGUUAAUUAGAUUGUUUGAAGUGAUUGUCUCAAAGUGUCCAAACAUUACUACAGUUAACAUAAGAUUAAGUUCAAUACUUUCCGGUGCUGUUUAUAUUAUCAACCGUUUAAUCAAUUUAUUAAUGAAAAACUGUCACCGAUUGCGACACUUCUCAAUUAUAUUCAAUUACAACGAUUUCUUGUUGGACGGCGGACUCUGGCCGGACAUCUAUGAUAUGUUUAAACUGUUUAUCUGUCAAUUUGGCCAACAAUUGUUGACAUUCAAUGGUCGACAGUAUACCUAA